AUGUCUCAAUCAGCGCUCUCCACAGCUACGCGCCGGAUGUUGCGUUUUCAAAACAUCUCCGGAGUGGCGAGCAUCCAUUCCACUUCCAUCAGAACAUUGAACUGGUCCUGCCACUAUUCCCCGUCACUCUGUGAAUCUACGCCUCGUCGAUCAGUCUCAUAUUUGUGCCUUUCGAGAGGCAACAGUGCCGCGUUGCGCACGAUUCCCACAAGAAGUACGGCGUACUCGGUCAUCCCCACGCAACGCUCAGCCUUCUCUUCAUCGGUUAUCCGGCCGGCUUCGAAAGUUGUACAAAAUCCGAGGGUGGAUGAAGAUGGAAAAACAUUAAUGAUCGACAUUUCACCUCGAGCUGCCGAGCGUCUUCGAGAAAUCACCGAUCCAUCAUCUUCUCCGUCUAUCACCAAGGAAGAAAACCCAUACCAUCAUCUCCGAAUUACCGUCACCAGCGGAGGAUGCCACGGCUUCCAGUAUCUCAUGUCUCUUGAGGCUGCAUCAAAGAUCGACCCCGAGGAGGAUACGAUCUUUGAGUCAGAGCCGGUGGAUGGCCCAACCUCAGGUUCCGGCGAGGCAAAGGUGGUCAUGGAUGAACCCUCUCUGGAGCUAUUAUCAGGCAGCACGGUCGAUUACACCAUGGAGUUAAUUGGCAGCCAGUUCAAGAUUGUAGACAACCCACGUGCCACGAGUAACUGCGGCUGUGGGACGAGUUUUGAUGUCAAGGAUUAA